AUGGGUAUAAGUUUGAUAAUAUCAACAAUAGUUUUAGGCUUACUUGGGUUUUUAUAUUAUUUAAUUAAGCAAAGGUAUUCCUUUUGGAAAAAUAAUGGUAUUCCAUUUUUGGAACCAACAAUACCAUUUGGAAAUUUUAAAGAUGUAAACAGAACUGUUAUAUUCCAUGAAUGGAUGCAAAAAAUUUAUAAUGAUUUCAAAGGCGAAAUUCUUGUUGGAAUUUUCGUUCUUUUUCGUCCAGGUCUAAUAAUUUUAGAUUUGGAUUUAAUUAAAAAUAUUUUAAUUAAAGAUUUUAAUCAAUUUACGGAUCGUGGAUUAUUUUCUAACGAAAAAGAUGAUCCGCUAUCUGCACAUUUAUUUUCAUUGGAUGGGCAAAAAUGGAAAUCACUUCGAAAUAAAUUAUCACCAACAUUCACAUCAGGAAAAAUGAAAUUUAUGUUUCCAACUGUUUUCGAAAUUGGCAAAAAGCUAGAAGAAACACUUUCGGAAUUAAUCAUAAAAGAAAAUCAUAUAGAAAUUAAAGAUUUAUUAGCUAGAUUUACAACAGAUGUAAUUGGAAAUUGUGCUUUUGGUAUUGAAUGUAAUAGUUUAAAAGAUCCAAAUGCAGAAUUUCGUGUAAUGGGCAGACGAUUAGUUUCAAAAACUCGUCAUGGUCCACUUAUAACAUUUUUUAAAGCAUCAUUUCCGGAUUUCGCUAAAAAAUUAGGUUUUAAGGAAUUUGAAGAUGUGAUUAUAAAUUUCUUUUUAAAAGUUGUUAAGGAAACUGUUGAAUAUCGUGAAAAAAAUAAUAUUGAAAGAAAUGAUUUUUUAAAUCUAUUAAUAAAAAUUAAAAAUAGUCCUAAUGAAAAUGAAUUACAUGGGAUAACUAUUGAAGAAAUAGCUGCUCAAGUGUUUUUAUUUUUUUUGGCGGGAUUUGAAACAUCAUCGUCUACAUUGGGCUUUCUUCUAUAUGAAAUCGCUCAAAAUCAUGAAAUUCAAAAUAAAAUGAGAAGUGAAAUAAAUGAGGUAUUAAAAGAUUUUAAUGGAGAUUUUACAUACGAAGCUAUGACAAAAUUAAACUAUAUGGAUCAAGUUAUAUCAGAAACUUUGAGAAAAUAUCCACCUGUUGUGAAUUUGCUGCGAAAAUGCAUAUCAGAUUAUAAAGUUGAGGGAACAAAUUAUGUUAUACCGAAUGGUACAGUACUUAUAAUACCAGUUUAUCCAAUUCAACAUGAUCCAGAGAUAUAUCCAAAUCCAGAAAAAUUUAAUCCAGAUAAUUAUAAUCAAGAGGCUAUAAAUUCUAGACAUUCUAGCACAUUUUUAGCAUUUGGUGAUGGUCCACGUAAUUGUUUGGGUUUGCGUUUUGGUAAAAUGCAAACAAAAGUUGGUCUUGUAACGCUUCUAAGUAAAUUUAAAUUUAGUGUAUGCGAUGCAACACCGAUCCCUUUAAAAUUCAACAUGAAAAGUAUGUUAUUAAAUUCAGAAGGUGGUAUUCCACUGAAAAUUGAAAAGUUGUAAAUUUUUAUAAAAAAUAAUCAAAUUUAUAAAGAAU